ACCGCAGCUGAAUGAUAUUUAAAAUCUUUAUUAAAAUAUCUUCCAGAUGUGCACCACCCAUUCCGUUUAAAAAAUGCGGCCUUAUGCACCCGAAUGAAGAACAGACUUCCCUUCGAGAUGUAAAACAAACCAGUUAUUUCAUACAGCGUUUACGCGCAAGCGCAAAGGACGGGGCGCUUUCCUGACGGUAGUCGCUCUAGAAGUUAAGCUUACUGUAAAUUCGUUUCGGCUCCGUGAGCAUCCGGAUAGCGGAAUCGACUUUGCGCGGAGUUUUAAGUUUGUCUUCAGGUGACUAGGAAAAAGUUUUCAGGAAAAACACUUUUCAGGAAAAGCAUUGCUUCUCUUUGGGCAGUGUCGAGAAAAAGUUUUAACUCGUUAGAUCUUCAGGCCCCAGUACCAUGCCAGAGAGGGCCCACGGUGAGGCCUGUGACAUUCCAAUGGGCGAAGAAUCCCCCCGGUUAUCCACAGCCUCCACCAUCAGUGGCAAUGACCAGACACCCACUCUCUCCGUGCUGGACUACCCCGUCCCGCUCAGCUCCGCUUUCCAUGAAGGCCAGCGCCCAGCAAGCCUAGUGUCCACCAUCUCCUCGGGUUCGGGUUCGGGCUUGUCCCAGGACGGGCGUAUCUCAGACUGCAGCAGCGCCACCUUCGAGCCCACCGCAUCCAUCGCUCAGGACAACGAUCGCGACGUCGACUUGGAACUGAGCCCAGCAGAGGGCGACGGGCUCACAAGUGAACGGGGGCAGCUUGACCCUCAGCUCAAGACACAGCAGAAGGGCAACAGCAACGUGGGUGUCCAGGGCAAAGCUGACAGGACGCACCAGCGCCCCCUCUCGCCAUUCGCAGCCAUGGCGCCCAACCCCAAACUCUCCUACCUGGACCGUGUCAUCAUGGAGAUCCUGGAGACGGAGCGGAUGUAUGUCCGGGAUCUCCGAAGCAUUGUGGAGGACUACUUGGCCCAUAUUAUCGACACAGGAAACCUGCCCAUCCAGCCUGAGCAGGUGUGUGCUCUGUUCGGGAACAUCGAAGACAUCUACGAGUUCAACAGUGAGUUGCUCCAGUCUUUGGACCUGUGCGACAACGACCCCGUGGCCAUCGCACGCUGUUUUGUCCUCAAGAGUGAGUACUUCGAGAUCUACACCCAGUACUGCACCAACUACCCCAACUCUGUGGCCGCUCUGACAGACUGCAUGAGGAAUAAGACUCUGGCCAAGUUCUUCCGGGACCGGCAGGCCUCACUGAAGCGCUCAUUACCACUGGGUUCCUACCUGCUCAAGCCUGUUCAGAGGAUCCUCAAAUACCACCUGCUCCUGCAGGAGAUUGCCAAGCACUUUGACCCAGAGGAAGAAGGCUAUGAGGUGGUAGAGGAGGCCAUCUACACCAUGACAGGGGUAGCCUGGUACAUCAACGACAUGAAGAGGAAACAUGAGCACGCUGUCCGACUGCAGGAGGUCCAGUCGCUGCUCAUUAACUGGAAGGGACCAGACCUAACCACCUAUGGGGAGCUGGUGCUGGAGGGAACCUUCCGGGUCUACCGGGCCAAGAGCGAGAGGACGCUCUUCCUCUUUGACAAAAUGAUCCUCAUCACCAAGAAGAGAGGGGAGCACUAUGUCUACAAGGCGCACAUCUCGUGUUCCACCCUGAUGUUGAUCGAGAGCGCCAAGGACUGCCUGUGCUUCAGCGUCACCCACUACAAGCACCCGAAACAGCCCCACACCAUGCUGGCAAAAACUGUUGAAGAAAAGAAGCUCUGGGCUCAUCAUAUCAAGCGACUUAUUUUAGAAAAUCACCAUGCCCUGAUUCCACAGAAGGCAAAAGAAGCCAUCUUGGAAAGGGACUCCAUCUACCCAACAAAGUACCGGUAUAGCCCUGAGAGGAUAAAAAGGGCACAGUCCAGCCAAUUGGAAGACUUUCCUGGUACGGGUCGUCAGGGGAGGAGGCAGUCAGAGCCCACCAAGCAGAUCACCAAGAUCGCCAAAGCCAAUCUCAAGCGCACAGACAGCGACGGGGCCCUGCAGGCCAAUGCGUGGUCCGUGCGCCCCCGUGAUAGCGUCAGCACCCUUGGCUCCAGCCUAGGCGAGCCUGAGGAUGAGAGGCCUAGCCUGGAGGAGGAUGAGAGGCCUAGCCUGGAGGAGGAUCCAGGUUUUGGGAAGAACGCUUACGAGCAGCCGUUCCCUAGCGGCAGAGAGGAGGCUGGCCCGGGCGGGGGAGAGGGUGGGGCUGAGCAGGCGGCAGAGGGAGAGAGCGACAAGGACGAUGUUCUGAUGGAGGGGGACCAGGUAGCCGACUUUGCCAGCUCUAUGCUGGAGGCCAUCUCCUGCUGGCACUACAGGGCCAGGGCUUUACUUUCCAUUGGGGUGCCAACGAAAGAAGAAGGGAAUGACAUCAUGGAAGAGAAUGGGGUUCACAGGGAGAGUGGCCAUUCAUCUGGACAAGAGGAGACAUGUGACACAAUGGAGCGCAGGCUCCUCUCUAAGCAGGGGGCUACAGAAAAGCAACUUGCCCAAAGCAGCUGUCUACCUGGGUCCACAGAAAAGCUUGAGCAAGACCUUCCCUCAAACUUUGAGGCUGCAACCAUGGCUGCGCCAAUCUCUAGCGCUCCCUCUGGCUUGGAAGAGUGUGAGCUAAAGGAGGACCAGAAUGACGAUGGGGAUGAGAGGAUGGAGAUGUCACCCGUCCACCAACAGGCAGAGGCUAAAGCCCUGAGCAGCGAGGAGUCAUCAGCGACAGAAGACGAUGAGGACGAGGAGGCGACAGCGCCAGGGGGCGAGCCUGCCAGUAUCCUUCCUCCCUCCGUGCUGGACCAGGCCAGUGUCAUCGCUAAGCACUUCACCAGCAGCGCCCAGCGGGGUAGCCUGAUCGACGAAGUGCGGUCGCUGGGCUGCCCCUCCCCCCGACUGCAAACUAGACGUGGCAGCUCCUACAGUCUCGGUGCCGAAGCCCAGGAAAGGCCUCAGAGGCCUCUGGUCACCUGCUUAGAUGACCCGCCCAGCCUGCUCACUCCAGACCAUGCCUUGCUCUCUACAUGCCCCGAUAACGCCUUUGAGGCAGACCCGAGGCGGGACUCCACCCUCUCCCGGCAGGACCAGCUACUCAUCGGGAAGAUAAAGAGCUAUUACGAGCAUGCCGAGCACCAUGGCGCGAGCUUCACCAUCAAGCGCCGCGAGAGUCUCACCUACAUCCCUGCCGGCCUGGUCAGGAGCUCUGUCACCCGGCUCAACAGCAUCCCCAAAGACGAUGCCGCUGGCCCAAAGAAGAGCCCAGACUCCGCCUCUGGCCCUGCCUCAGAUAUCUCCAACCCCAGCGACUACCACACCUCCUGUGCAGAGUUAGACCUCCAGGGGCCAGUCGAGCCCUUCGGCUCAGAAGCCAACGGGGAUGAGGAAGAGUUCCGGCCUUCCUCCGAGAUGAUCAGGGUGUGGCAGGAAAUGGAGAAGGAUCUCGGAGGCCCAAGGUAUCCCAGGCAGGGCUCAAGAAUUGGAGGGACCUGUCCGCGCCUACCCGGGUGGGUACAGGCUACUUGUGGGAAGCCUGAAAUAGACCAUUCCAAGCUCCCGCUGGCCCUCAGGGAGACCAACCCGGAUGCAGACAGCGAGGAGCCAGCAAAAGACCCCAAGAGCCAGGCCAUGGGUGCAGGACCAGGGGAGGAGGUCAGAGCCAAAAGGGCCCCCAUCCCCAGGGUCAUCCAGCUGGGCUCUGAAAUAGCUGAAGAGCUGGACGCGGAGCGAGCCAAGAACAAGGUGUUCCAGUUAGCGCGGCAGUACAGCCAGAGGAUCAAGUGCAGCAAGCCCCUGGUGCGACAACGCAGUCAGGACACGGACAUCUCCGCCAGCGCCAACGUGCACCUCCCGCCUCUGCUGGAGGAGCGGACAGAGAAGGAGAGCAAAGGUAAACCCAACCUCACACUGCCCUUAGCCACAUAUGACCAGGUGGUCCUGCGAGCGCUGGCCGUCCCUGCGAAAGUGAGGUCCCCCAGCCCUACCGACACCGCAAGCUCGGCGGGGAGCCCCAGGGUCCCGUCGCCCAGCCGCUCGUCCUGCAGGAGCCCCGUCAGCCCCACCCAGUCCGAGAGCUUCGACUGGCCGGACGUGCGCGAGCUGCGCUCCAUGUACGCACAGGGCGGGCCCGAAGAGGCCCAGGCCGGCUCUGGCCACAUCCCUGCAGGACGUAGGCGUUCUGUGCUAGAGAAGAUGGAGUCGGACGGUUACAGGAGGCGUUCCUGCUGCUCCUCCAGCUAUAACGUCUGUCCAGAAGCAGGCACAGCCCCCGGGCCCCCCUCACAGCCGCUGGCCCCCAGGCCCUGUUGUCCGGGGAACCAGAAUGAGGGUCGUGCACGGGUGUGCAGGGCAGGCUCCCUGGACCACCGACACAGCGGACUGAACCUGAGCAACCUUCAUGACCUCCACAACCCAGAGCUCAGCGCUGCUGGCUACUAUGUCUCUGGCCAUGCCCUCCUGCCCAACAACCACAAGGUCUUUGUUGUGGAGAGGGUCACCGAGGCAGCUCCACAGGAGGACGGUACAGAUUUGGGGCUGGCAGAGGAAGACAGUAGGCCGUUGGGGAUGGAGCCAGAAGAGGCUCAGGAUUCGGAUGGAAACUACGUGCAGAUCCGUUCACCCACCUCCCGGGAAAAAAUAUCCAUCAGGGCUGUCAUUGACCGAUGUAAAGCCUACCAGGAGUCGGACGAGUACCAACAGAGGCAGGAGGGCGGGGUUAGAGUGGAGACAACCACAAGUCAUGGGAGGGACAAAAAGCAAGAGCACCAACCGUCCCUCAGUGAACAGGUGGACGACACCCAGAGGAACACUGUGAGCCCUGGCAAAAAGAUUGAUGGAGGGCAAAACAGUGUGGUGAAAAACUUAAGGGACAAGUUCCUGAACUUGAGAUCAAACACAUAAACACUUACGGAAAGGAAAAAGCAUUUAGCUACCCUUAUGUUAAUGUGAGCCAUUUUAGAAAUGAUCUUCCGCCAAUGAAGAAAGCUUUGGAUAAGUAUGUGCAAAAUUGCACCUUAAAUGAAAAAAAAGAAGUAUUUGUGAAGUUGACUCGCUUAGGUUCCAGUGACUGUCGCUGCUUAAUCAUUCAACAUGAUUUGGCAGCUUCAUGAUGUGCCAAGACUUUCCAGCAUAUCAUCUAUCACAUUUCAGAUUUGCAAACUCUUUGUCACACCUGAACCAAUGAAAAUACUUGGACAAGAAGUUUUUUUAUUUUUAUUUGUACUAUUUCUUUCCUUCAGAUUGGAUUGUCACCAAUCUUUUAAUCCUUUAUCUUUCUGUGAACCCGGUGGUUGUAUUUGGCGAGUAUCCUAUGAAUUAUAAUGAAAGUAAAAGCUCUUGUUGUAUCAUAAGAGCCUAGGGAAGGUGCCAUUUUGGCUCAUAUGUAGCGCAGGAAAGUAUAUACGGUAUGUUCAUGUACAUCACACCUCUUCCAGUUUUGUAUGCAUCGUGUUAAUGUAAGAAAGUGACUAUCCAUUUUAGCUAAAGCCUGUGGCUUGUUUCUGUUUUAGAAGGGGAGAGGAAAUGUAUUUUCCUUUGACAUUUUCUUUUAGCCUCACUGUGGCAGUGAGGUCAACAACACAAGUAUCACAUAUGACCCUAUUACCAAUAUGGCUUCUCACAUUAGCAAUACAACCAAUUGUUUUGCCUCAACAUUUACACUUUAUUUAGUAUUACAAUAUUGUUAAACAGGGAAUGACCACUUGAAAGUACUUCUAUGUCUGGUUAGGAGAAACUUUGCCCACCAUCCCCCAACACUGAGAGUAACUGAGUGGACGAGCACAAACCAGUCACAUUAUCCAUGGUGAUGUCAUAAUGUAUCUUUCAGGGUGAAAUAUUUGCUUGAGUCUGUUCUCUGUUUUUCACACUUGGACACUAUUUUCUGUCAAAGUAGAUUAUGAAUGUAAAACAUGUUAUUACAUUCUUCAGAGUUGUAGCUAAAUUGUUCAAAAAUGCAUUCCUUUUUUCUGUUUAUUGAUUGAAUAUGAAAUUCAGAAUUAAUGUUUAAACCUGGCCAUUAAUCCAGCCAAAGCCUGUCAACCCCUAGUACCUCCUGUAAACAUCCCAUUAACAAGAAAUCAAUGAAUAUGUGUUUACGAAAGAUGUACAAAAUGGUACAAAUAGGUUUGAGAUCUAAGGUCCAGGCCACAAAAGGGAUUACAGCAGUCUCAGAGACAGAAAGUCUCCAUGUGAAAUAGAGAUAUUACCCACAAUGACUUUCCUUUAACCCCUGCACUGUUAUUGUGCCAGUUCUGCAGUUUAAAACUGAAGUUUAUGCUAACUUCCCAGUGAGAUAUUCAACCCCAAUUUUUGAGUCUUCCAUUUCACUAUCAAGAAAUUACACAUUGUUUUAAUUUGCCUGGAAAAGAAACCUUACUCCUGGAUAUUUCUCAACUUCCUAUUUAUUAAGUUGCUGUAAAUUUGACAUGCAUCUGUCUGUACAUAAAUGUCUACAUGUAUACUAUCUCAUUUCAGAAGAUUGCUGUACAGAAAUGUAAUUUAAUGUUGCAUGGAAUAAGCAUACAUUCCAUAUUAAAACAGCAGAUUGCUAGACAGUAAAAAA